AUGGCCUCCUCCCGCCACCACCACACUCGCCCUCCGCACCAAUCCCGCAUCCCUUCCACAUCUGCAUCCAGCACAACCGCCGCUUCCGCCGCCGCCGCCGCAGCAACAACAUCACGCCGCUCCGCCUCGACCUCUUCCGCCCCUCCAGCUUCAACCGUAGAUCCCGCCGCUCCUAUACGCUCAAACACUCACGCCGCCGGCAGCAACAGCACCACCAACACCGUGCCUACAGCCAUGCCCUCCAUCCGCCGCAACCUCUUCCACCACCAUCACCACCUAAGCCGUCGCCCCGCCUCCUCUACCUCCACCGCGACCCAUAGCUCCGCAUCGACGGUGCAUCCCUCUAGCAUCAAUGCCAACGCCAGUACCACUACCGCCACCACUGCCAGUGCCAGUGCCAGUGUAAACACCAACACCUCGCGCCCCGCUGCAGCCAGCGCCGGAGCUGCUGCGAACACCCUCAACCCUGUCCCUGUGACCUCUCUCAGUGUCCCGCACGCCCACGGGCAAGCACAUACAUACGGACUUGGGAAUGCCCACGCACAACAGCAAAUAGCCCGCUCAUCCUCAUCCUCAUCUUUGGAUAAUGGAGAGAUCGUCGCACGUGAUAAAAAUGGGGGUUACAAGGUUGACGUGCCGGUGUUGCCGGUGGGAAUGUGGGAUGAUGAUUGCGAAGAGGGCGGCGGGGGCGGGAUGGAUGUUGAGAUUGGGGAGGGCCAGGGGGGUGGUGGUGGUGGCAUUGGUGCGGGAGGAGUGGGCGGUGUGGGAGGGACGGGGGGGAUUGGGGGCAGGGAGAAGGAAAAAAUCGAAGCGGGGAUUGUGGAGAUGAUGUGUCGAAAUCGCAGUAGGCAGCUGCACAGUGAUUCUCCUGGUAAGGUUUAUAAAUAUGUAUAUUCUUUCGCCUCUGCUUUCACAUAUACAUUGGCCACAAACAGAGCAUGA